CAGUUCCUACAGCUGCAGGGCGCAGGUGUAUCUGGACUGUGAGGAGACCAUCCUGUCCUCCUACAGGAAGCUCCCUGACACACCUGCACACCUUCACCGUGGGUUCGGAGUGUGGAUGAGACUCCUCUCUCAGACUCGGCUUCAUUAGAGCACUGUGGGAGAUGCUGAUGGAGGCUGGAGAGAGAAUAUCAUCAGCAGAACCUCAGAGCUGCUGAGACAGGGCGCUCCGGGCGAAAGGCUCGCUGCGUUUGAACGGAGUCACGUGACUGUCGCGCCGGUUGAAACCGACGGAAAGCCGCACGAGGCUCCAGCUGCGGACCUGCGCGAACGAACGGAUCAAACAUCCAGCACCGAGUCCGGCUCCCCGGCUGCACACCCCCCGGUAUGUCCGCUGCUGUCUGCGUGCUGAAGACCCGCUGCUUCCUCCGGCAGCUCCUCCCCGGCCUGCCCGCCGCCAUGCACAGAAGCUACAGCCUGGAUGUCUCCGCUCCGCUCCUCCGGACGCAGGGCUACGUGGACGGCCGCUGGAUCUCCGCUGCCUCGGUGUUCCCCGUCCUAGAUCCGGCCACCGGACAGGAGAUAGCCCGGGUGUCGGACUGCGGCCCCGCGGAGGCCAAGCAGGCGGUGGACGCUGCGUACAAAGCGUUUCACUCCUGGAAGCAGUACACGGCCAAGGAGAGGAGCGUCCUGCUAAGGAAAUGGUUCGAGCUGAUGACGCUGCACAAAGAUGAGCUCGCCCAGCUGAUCACGUUUGAAUGUGUGAGUAUGACACCUGAACAUGCAGUACACGUCAGCAACCAAAAACCUCAAGAAGUUUUUGUGUUGCUGAAAAUGGCCGCUGACACCGUGAAGAAGGCAUCUAUGGAACUGGGUGGCCACGCCCCCUUCAUUGUGUUUGACAGCGCAGACCUUGACAAAGCGGUGGGCGGAGCCAUGGCAUCCAAGUUCAGGAACUCAGGCCAGACGUGCGUGUGCUCGAACCGGUUUCUGGUCCAGAGCGCCGUCUACGACCGCUUCGUGGAAAAGUUGGGGCGAGCGAUGGAUGCCGAGCUGCGUCUGGGUCACGGCUCGGAGCCCGACACCACGCAGGGGCCGCUCAUCAACGCCCGCGCCGCAGAGAAGGUGCUACAUCAGAUUUCAGACGCCGUGUCCCGCGGGGCGAAGGUGGUAAAAGGCGGGAAGCGCCUCGAUGGCUCCUUCAUGGAGCCGACUCUGCUGGCCGACGUCACCGCCGACAUGCUGUGCACGAAGGAGGAAACCUUUGGGCCGCUCGUGCCCGUCAUCAGGUUUAACACGGAGGAGGAGGCUCUGGCUAUUGCUAACGCGACCAGCGUCGGGCUGGCAGGCUACUUCUACUCACAGGAUGUGAGUCAGAUCUGGCGGGUGGCGGAGGCGUUGGAGGUGGGGAUGGUCGGCGUCAAUGAGGGGCUGGUGUCCACGGCAGAGGCCGCGUUUGGUGGGGUGAAGGAAUCCGGCUUGGGCCGCGAGGGCUCCAAGUACGGCGUCGACGAGUACCUGGAAGUGAAGUACGUGUGCUUUGGAGGCCUCAAACCGUGAGGAGGAAGAGGAGGAAGAGGAGGCGGGACGAAAGCUGCGACUCAGUGGAGGCGUCGGAUUCUUUUAUUAACACGUGAUAACUCCUUCAAUAAAGUUUGAAUUCAUGCAGGUUAAAAAACGUCCAACCAGGACUGUGAAUCAGCUGUCACUCCUCGCUUCUGAUUGGCUGCUUAUGCUUGUCAUAUUACACGAUGGUCCCGCCCACCAAACUAAACACGAAACAAAGUUACGUGAAAAGCACAAAAGUUCACCAUUACGAAGUAAUUCAGCCUCGCCGUCAGAGCGCCGCCUCCCUGCAGCACACGAACCAGUCGCUCGCCACACGGGCGUUUAAACUUAUCUGAACCGCCCAAACUCACCAGUAGGAGGCGCUACUCAGUCUGUUUAUCUGCCCUGUCUGCUGUGAUUGGCUGGUUUUGCUAUCAGUGUUAAGGGAUUGUAAACUGAAGGGGAGGGGCUAACAAACCGCCACAUUGGACCACUGAAAAUGAAUAAAUGUGAUGAAACCUGUUUUAAACAUUAUUUUCUUCAGCGAGCGUCCAUAAAGCUUCCAGCACGAAUCCUCCUGAAUCGUGAAACUUGAUUCAUUCCUAAUUGUGCACGUGAUGAGCGACGCGCCGACAGAGCGACAGCCGGGCGCCGCGUCGAGCCAUGGAAACAUGAACGGGUGCAAACCUGUCGACUCGUCUACCUGUGAAGCGUUCUCGUAGCAGUUUAAUACCUGAAUGUUUGUCUCUGUAACUGUAGCUGAUGGGGUCAAAGUUCACGUGUGUAUUUUGUAUUCUGACCACAUUAAAGACGAGUUUGUGUAACUUCGA